AUGCGCCCCAUCACCCCGCUGCCCAGCGUGCCCUGCCACCCCGCAGCCCCCAUAAGCCCCCUCCCCGUCGUCCUGUACCCGCUACCCGCGCGUACACAUAGCCGCACGCGCAGCCACACGCACACAAGCAGCCGCACGCACAGCCACACGCACACAAGCAGCCGCACACGCAGCCUGCAUAGCCGCAUGCGCAGCCUGCACAACCACAUGCGCAACCUGCACGCACACACGCACGCAACAGCACGCACGCACGGCCGACUACCCGCUACCCGCACCCCACCUGCUACCCGUACCCGCACCCCUCCCAAUAUCCGCACCCGCUACCCGCUACAUACACCCCACCUGCUACCCGCCACCUGCACUCGCUACAUGCCACCCCACCUGCUACCCGCCGACUCACCCGCCACCCCCACCUGCUACCCGCCACCCCACCUGCCACCCGCACCCGCUACCCGCCACCGCACCUGCUACCCGUCGCCCCACCUGCUACCUACAGCCCUACCUGCUACCCGCCACCCCACAUGCUACCUGCCGCCCCACCCGUACCCGCUACCCGCCGCCCUACCUGCUACCCGCCACCCUGCCCGUUUCCGCUACCCGCCGCCCCACCUGCUACCCUCUGCCCUGCUCGUUCCCGCUACCCGCUGCCCCACCCGCACCAGCUGCCCGCUACCCCAGUUGCUAACAGCCUCAAGCAUAUUGGAAGCUACCUGUACUCGCCCCCACCCGCAACCCCAACCUUGGAACCGCACUCUACUGCACUCAACCGUACUAGACCGUGCUUGA